AUGUUCUUUCCAUUGGAGCAACAUUUGUCCUGGCGCUUUCCUUUCGUCCUUGGAAAGGUGUCGCGCUAUUGGCGCCAAGUCGCCUACGGGGCACCUACACUCUGGUCGCACGUGGAUGUCUCGCCUCGCAGACAUUUGGACGGUUUACAGGUCUACCUUGGCAGAUCAAAAGGCUCCCCCAUCAAUCUUGAUAUCACUUUUAUACGCCAGAGCGCCGUUAGCAAGCUCAUAGGUAUCUUACGACCCCAUUACCGACAUUGCCGUUCCAUCAGAGUCAAGGCUGAAAAUUCUUACGAACUCACCACGGAGAUUUCGAGCAUCCUUGACUCGGGCCAUUAUCCCAUGCUAAGGCACAUCUGUGUUGAGGGCUUUGAUACGAGUCUGUUGCAACCGUUCGCAAUUGUAGCUGACGCCGUUAACCUGACGAAUGUACGCUUAAGAGAACUCACCAUCGCUCUAAUUGUUAACGACGACCUCAUCAAACUUAGGCGGGAAACUGCUAACGUUCCCCGAUUUACGGCGUUGAAAUCACUCACCCUUGCACCUCGUCACAACAUCGGUGCGGUCUUGACGACUGUAGCCGACGCCGACGCUUGCUUCCCAGGGAUCAAGUUGCUUAUUCUUCCCAAUUUCAAUAAACUUUCUUCUUUUGUACGGUCUACCAAAACGAUGGACUCUCGGCCAUUUUGGCCUGAGCUCGAUGGUCUCGCUGUCCGUGACAUUGAUGACCAAGGUGUAUUAUAUGAGUUUGUCCAGGACCGCCAACGUUCAGAGAUGAAGAAACCCGUUUUCUCUGAGCGGCGUGAUGGGCAACGAUACUUCUUGGUACCGGUCUCAUCUUUUGAUCCCAAAUCCACGUUUGACGACCUAUCAGAUGAUGUGGCUAGAGAUGAAUUGGAAGUGAACUAA